CUCCAUCAAGAUGUAAUGGCGUCCGCUGGUUUCCGAGUUAUUAUGCGGUCGUCCAGGAAACUACGAGCGUCGCUAACACCAUCACCAGCAUCUAAACCGCACGCAAAAGGAUACCCAAGUUUAACACCUUCUCCACCGUCUAACAACCAAAAACGAAAACUUACUACUAAGAGAAAGAUUAUCAAGAGCCAAUCAGAUAAUGGCCUUUCAUCGGCGUUCAGAAACCUCUCCCUAACUCCGAACCCUCAGCCAACCAAUUAUUCACGAAGCAGCUCUCCAAGGAAGCCUAAAUCAGGAAAAUCAAGAAGUUUGAGUACAGUCUCGGUAUCGACAAUAGUUGAUAUCGUAAAUUUGAUCAAGGAUGAGAAAUGCAAGAAUAUUAUUGUAAUGGCUGGUGCAGGUAUAAGUACUCCGAGUGGAAUACCAGAUUUUAGAACUCCAGGCACUGGUCUCUAUGACAACCUACAAGAGUACAACAUACCAGAGCCAACUGCCAUAUUUGACAUAGAGUACUUCUGGUAUGACCCGAGACCUUUCUUCUGCCUGGCCAAAACCCUGUAUCCAGGAAAUUUCCAGCCAAACUAUGUGCAUUAUUUUAUUAAUUUACUUAAUGACAAGGGUCUACUAUUAAAGAUGUAUACACAGAAUAUUGAUGGGCUCGAGAGAUUGGCUGGGCUACCCAAAGACAAGUUGGUUGAAGCCCAUGGGACAUUCUCCUCUGCGUCAUGUAUUAAAUGCUGCAAGAAAUAUGAUGGUGAUACAAUUAAGAAAGUAAUUCUAAAAGGUGACAUACCAAGGUGUAUUGCUCCUAAGUGUAAGGGUAUUAUCAAGCCUGACAUAGUGUUUUUUGGUGAAGAUCUUCCAAAGAAGUUUUAUUCUUAUGAAAAGGAUUUCCCUAAAUGUGACUUGCUGAUAGUAAUGGGUACGUCACUGGAGGUUCAACCCUUUGCAGGAAUAGUGAGCGAGGUAAGUCGCUCUACUCCAAGACUCUUGAUAAACAGAGAGGUAGUUGGACCUUUUGCAAGUCCAUGGGGAGGACGACGUAAUGAUGUUGUCUUGAAAGGAGAUGUUAUUACCGGCAUCAAGCGACUCGUUAAACUCCUAGAUUGGACAGAUGCUAUGAAUAAUAUCGUUGAAAAGGAAAACAGAAUAUGGGAGGGCAAAGAAGAACAUGACUUGGAAAGCGAAAACCCUAUUUCAAGUACACCAAGUCUUAAACAACCUACUCCUAUUAAAACGAAUGAAACUUUAGAUAAUGCUAGGAAAUUCCAUUCUCUUACUGGAAAACCUGAAGAUAAGGACAUUAGUAAAAAUGAGGACACAAGUAAUACUUUUGCUCAAAAUUCGGUUUCUGACUCCAUGACAAAAAGAACUUUAUUUCCAGAAAGAAAUUUUAGAAAGAAUGACAGAACUAAUGAUAGUGCUACUAUAAAUGGCACUAAAACAAUUAGGAYAUUAGCAGGCAAUGGUCCCAGAUUUAACCUUCCUGGAAAAGACAAAGACUUCAAUCAAAUUUCUACUGAUGUUAAUGGAAAAAAUUCAAGUCAGACUGGAUAUCAACCAGAGAAGAACAGCUUGUUUAGCUGUAACUCAGUUGCACGCCGAAUGCCAUUGUUGCCAUUCAGAUACACCCACAGAAAUGUAUCAGAGUCAUCGACUGGGGACUAUAAAUGCAUUGAUCCCAGCAAAGAUCUUGCAAGUGCUGGCUUUGGGAUGGGGACAAGAAGAAAGUUUGAUUUAUCCAGUUCUUCAUGUAGCGAGGCUAGCAGUAGUUGUAGUAAUGAUGAUUCAUCUGGUGAAUGACGUCACAAGUCAUGUGACUUUUAGCUACUAUUAGUCUUCUCCAGAAAAUCAUGUGACCUACAAAAAGUCAUGUGGCCUUCAACAGAUCAUGUGACACAAGUCAUGUGACCUUCAACAGAUCAUGUGACACAAGUCAUGUGACCUUCUACAGAUCAUGUGACACAAGUCAUGUGGCCUUCAACAGAUCAUGUGACACAAGUCAUGUGGCCUUCAACAGAUCAUGUGACACAAGCCAUGUGACCUUCAACAAGUCAUGUGACUCAAUAUAUCAUGUGACCUCCAAAAUGUGGUGUGACUCUCAAUAAAUCAUGUGGGCUUUAAAAUGUUUUGUGACUUUUGACAAAUUAUGUUACCCAAAACAAGUCGUGUGUGCUUCAACAAAUUAAUUGACGUUCCACAUGAUAUUAUGCUUAACAGAUCAUGUGACCCUAAGCAGAUCACAUGACCUCCAGCAAUCCAUUUGUCCUUCAACAAAUCAGGUGACGUUUCACAUAACACGUGACACAACCACGAGACUAGUAACCUUUGUUAUGGUAAUCCGCGAACUAUCUCGUGGACUGUGAUAGCGUUUUAGUAACCAAAUAGUGUUUACUACAAUGUUUAAUUCC